AUGGCGGCCUCCUCGUCCUCGAUCCUCCUCGUGCUCCUUGCCGCCACCUCUGUGGCCUGUGCGAGCGCCUCCACCUUCACCAUCAGGAACAACUGCGGCUUCACGGUCGGGAGCUGCCAGACGGGCGACUGCGCUGGCGCGCUGUCCUGCACGCUCUCCGGGAAGCCUCCCAUGACGCUGGCCGAGUUGACGCUCGGCGGCAGCCAGGACUUCUACGACAUCUCGGUGAUCGACGGCUACAACCUCGCCAUGCGAUUCUCCUGCUGCACCGGCGUGACCCUCAACUGUGGCAGCUCCAGCUGCCCCGACGCCUACCUCUUUCCCAACGACAACACCAAGACCCAUGCCUGCAGCGGCAACAGCAACUACCAGGUCACCUUCUGCCCAUGA